AUGGAGAGGAGGAAGUACUUCCAUGACUUCUCACCUCGGGGAAUGAGCCAGGAGUGUAAUGACGGGGAAGAAGCACAAAAAUACUACAGUCGCCUGCACCCUAGCCCAUACUCUACAGGAGUGCAAGGGCAAUGUGUGAAAGUCCGUGCAGUAAAGCUCAGGAGAACAGGAGAUCCAUCAGAGGGCUGUGUGUGUGCGCGUGUGCAUUUGCCCAUCUCAAGAGUAUCCCUGUCCGUUCCCCCUGAGAGACAGAAGCUCUUAACAACGUCGAAAGUUGCCUACUUCAAGAGGAAGUAUGCGGAGGAGGAGGAUGUUCAUGGCAGCCUACAUGGAUAUCUACAAAAACACUUGAUACUCCGUGAGGAGCGCAGCUGCAUACUACGCCUCUCCCUGGAGAAGCUGCGUUUCCUGGAUGACCCCGAGGCCUACCUGCGUCGCUCAGUCCUCAUCAACAACCUGCUGAGGAAGAUCCACCACGAUGAGGAGGGGCACGAACCACAGGAGACGGAGGACCAAGAGGAGAGGGAUGCAGAUACCCAGAAACUAUUCUGCUCCAGCAGGAAGAGACUGAAGGUCAUGGUGGCGGCAUCCGAGUGCGAUGCACAGAACUUUAGCUACGCAGAGGUUCCUCAAUACAGGCUGGUGUCGUACGCCUCAUCCCCAAGUGCAAUAUGCAUCUGUGGGCUGGGCAGCUGUCCUGCCCUGGCCUCCAGCCAUGGAGCUCCUGUUCUGGUAUAUGACUUGGAUGAUCAUGGAUGAAAGGGGUGGGUGAAGAUCUUGGCUUAAGGAAUAAAAAGAUUUCAGUCGUCUGAUGUGCGCUCUUGAUGACUGUGUUGACAAGGUGUUGUGUGUCAGGGCUGGUCGAGAGAAAAAUGCUGUAUGUUGCUUGUACUUGGAAGCUAAGGGCCAGCUAUGGAAUAUGAACCAUGGCUACUAUAGCUGUGUCUGGGGGAAACCCUCCAGAACCGCAGCCAGUAUCAGGGUCUGUUUGUCAUCUCUCUCUCUCUCUCUGUCUAUCUAUCCAUCUAUCUUUCUGUCUAUCUCUGAUUCUUUAGCAUAUGUGUCUGUCAAAAGGAUGACUUAACUGUUGUAAUUUCAAAACCUUGUAUGAAUCUGAAAAUAUAUUUUUGCUGAUGUGAGGUAUGAUGCUUGUUUUUUUCAGGGAUAUGAACUCUAAAGAAGCCAUGCAUGUGUUUUUGUAAACUUACAUGAUGCCAAACCAGGGUCUUAAUGAAGCGCUUUGUUUUGUCCUGAGACAGUCACACCUUGUCUUUGAAUGUAGAAUCAGUGUGAGAAACGCUGACUAAAACGGAAUCAUUAUGAAAUUUCAAGUCUUACAGGUUACCAAGUGAAUAAUAGAGUUUAGCAGAGCUACUGAGCAGUGGUAUUCUAAAAAUGGGCAAAGACACAAAACUGGUCACAUUCGGUGACUUCUUGCUAAACCUCAGCAUUCUACUGCCCCCUAGUGUUCAGAUCACUGAUAGACUCAAUCAAAUCUAUAUGAAUUUCAGACUGGUGAAAAAUUCCCGAAAGCCAACCCUGCUUCUUUAUUCGUCGGAAAGAUCAGGCUCUCUACAGUGUAGCUUCAGCUAUAGAUACACAUCUGUCUCAGAGACUCAUUGUGCAGUGCUUUUUAACGUUUGUGGUACAUUUUUUGUUUCUGUGUAAACUGCUCUAAAGCCACGAGGAUGUGCAUUGAAUUUAUCUAUUUCUGGGUAUGUGUGUCAAGAGAAAUAGGCUGAAUAUCAAUGACCAAAUAAAUGGCAGUAAUUUUGAUCACUGUGGAGUGGCCAGUGCUCCGCAAUUAGGCCUACUUGCAAUGUUAUGGUUUGUCCCAAUUACGUACAAAUAGACAUUAAAACUAAUGUUUUGUAUGUUAUCAUUAUUUCAUUUUUUUAAAUUUCAUUUGAAUGUUUUAAAAUGCAAACAAAACAUUGCCAAAUAUUUACAAAGUAGCAAUUGCAAUUUAUCUAUUUUUGAGGUGAUUGACAUUAAAACUGUUAAUACCACCUGAA